UCAUUCACACGCACUCAUCCCUUCACUGCUGGACCACUGCUUCUGGGUCGACUAAACUUAAAAAAACAAACAAAAAAAACAUUUUCAUGGCACACUUGAUGCUUUAAAAAACAACAACAACGUCUGUCCAAAAUAUGAAACUCCUCUUUUACUGUAUGAACCAGCAGGAAGCCAGCCAAUCAUCAUCAGCGGUGCAGCGGACGUGGUGGGUUUGCAGUGAGGAUCAUGUGGUGGGCCUGGCCGUUCCUGCCUGUUCUGCUGCUCCUCUCAGAGCUCUCGGUGGUGAGGGUCCAGACAGCACCAUGCCAGACCUGCCGGAAACUCACUGAGAGUUUCAUCAAGGGCUUGGAGAAAACGGCCAACAAGAACUUCGGGGGUGGUAACACUGCUUGGGAAGAAGAGAAGCUGGCAAAGUAUGCACGCAGUGAGACUCGACUGCUGGAGAUAGUCGAAGCUGCUUGUGAGAAAACAGAUUUUGAAUGUAACGGGCUGCUGGAGCAGAUAGAAGACCAGGUGGAGACAUGGUGGUUCCACAGGCAGCAGGAGGCCCCAGACCUGUUUGAGUGGCUGUGCAUCGAGGAGCUGAGACUCUGCUGUCCACCGGGACACUUUGGACCGGACUGCAAAGAGUGUCCGUCAGGCCCUGGCGGUGUGUGCGGAGGUCUGGGCCGCUGUGAGGGGGAGGGCACUCGACUGGGAGAUGGAGAGUGUGUCUGUGAUCCCGGAUACUCAGGCAAUCUGUGCCAGAGCUGCGCUGAUGGCUACUUCAGAGAGAAGAGCUCCAAUGACAGCAAAGGAGCCUGUGCAGCAUGCUACCACUCGUGUAAAAAAUGUGCAGGGCCGCAGGACUACAAAUGCCUUGACUGCAAACCCGGCUGGAUCCUUCAUGACAACAAGUGUGUGGACAUCGACGAGUGUGGCACAGAACUGGCUCGUUGUCCCUCGAACACGUACUGUCACAACACAGAGGGAUCGUAUGAAUGCAGAGGCUGUGACCAGGCAUGUGUGGGAUGUAUGGGCAGUGGUCCUGCCCGCUGCAAGAAAUGUGCACGUGGCUACAGAUUGAAAGGAGCCAAGUGUCUUGAUGUAGAUGAAUGUAAUGAACGUGCCAUCGCGUGUCCGGGACUCAACGAGGCCUGCAUCAAUGAGGAGGGCUCCUUCCACUGUGACUGUGCUGAUGGAUACAUCAGGAGAGACAGCAUCUGUGUCGAGAAUAAGCCCCCUGCCGACCCAGAGAAGGGACUGUUCGAUGACAUGACCGACGACGAGGUUCUCGUUUUGCAGCAGAUGUUCUUCGGUGUUGUGAUCUGUGCCCUGGCCACGCUCGCUGCUAAAGGUGACAUGGUUUUCACGGCCAUUUUCAUCGGAGGCGUGGCUGCCAUGGCAGGAUACUGGUUGACAGAAAAAGGGGACUACAUGCUGGAUGGAUUCCUGAAGGGACGCUAGACUGUCUGUGGCUACGAUUUAAUGAAAGGACCCUGGAACACCAGCCAGUAAAGGUGAAAGAGACUCGACUGGGGCAGGAAACUAUCACGACAACACCUGCCUAUCAGGGAUUUCUUUUGGUUGUGGGAGUUACUUGAAAGGGCUUUGGGGUAAUUUAUGAUUAUGAAUAGGAUAAUGCAGGAAAAAAAGGGAGAACUUUAAGACUAUGGAGCCAUAAAUCUUGAAGAGGAUCUAACAAGGCCACGCUGCACUGAUAUUAAGGAACUAAAUCCCUUUGUUGGGAACAAGGGUGACGUGGAGACCACUACUGAUUGUUAAAACCUAUUAUGCAUUUUGGGUUUUCCAUCUGGCCUCGAUGUUGCUCCACAAAUGAUGUCUUUUUCUUCCACACAAUGGAAACCUCCAGUCACCACGCCCGUCGUUUUUUCACUACGUCAAUGCUGUGAAGCAGAGCUUCUCCCCAUAGUUUGAAGGGUACGUGGGUUUUGACAGUGACUGCUGUGGGCCUGUGGGUUAGAUGAGGAAAUCAGCCCAAAGAGAAAACUCAUUGACACUUGGGUAUUUAUGUUCACAGAAUGUUUUUUUUAUUCCCUAACUUCCUGAAUGAUUCUUUUUUUUAGAACUACUGCAUGAUAACAGGAAUUGAAAUGAAAGGUACAACACCGUAUCUAUUGAUUUGUCUUACUUUGGCAUGGAAGUCUGACUUUUAUCAGCUGCUGGAUCAACCAACAUUACUGCUACUGACCACUUAUUGAAGGAAUGUGCUGUUAUGUAACUACAAGUUCUAAUCGUCACGAUGUAAGCCAUUUUCUGUUGGCCUUAAUUUUGAAAGCAAUAUUUGUUGGAAGGACGUUUAUUAUAUUAAGCUUUUGACAUCUUCUCCGUGUGUUUGUGAGCAUUUUUGAAUGCACUUUUUAAUUUGUUGAGUUUUAAUCGGAGCAGGUAUUGUAGCAUCACGGUAGAAAGCUCCUGAAGCCUCACCUCUUACCCGCCUGUCUAAUUUAUCUUAGGUGGAAAGUUUUCCACACAGGCUUGUGUUCAUUUAGAUGUUUGCUUUAAAAUGAAAGUCUGUCACUCCUCAUGUUUAUUUAUUGAUUUUCCUUUUAGUGAAGCUUCAUCUGCUCUUUACAUAAACAGAAUGAGAA